AUGGAUUUCACGGUCAAAGAACACUUUCUUCUUCUGCUUUUCGGUAUUUCCGGAGUCUUAGCUGGUGAUAUAUGUGACGCUGAAAAGUUCCCAGAUUUAACGGAACAGGAAAGAAAGGCAUUCCUCAACUACCAUAAUAAACUAAGGAAAGAGGUUGCCCAAGGAAAAGCGGAAAACUACAUGGGAAAGCUUCCAUCAGCAUCGAACAUGUACAAAUUGAAAUAUGACUGUAAUAUGGAAAAAGAGCUCAAGACAGAACUUGACAAAUGCAACGGACGUAUUACAUUCACAAAUGGAUAUGGGCAAAAUAAUGCAAAAUACUCCAACGCUGCAUUUUUGGGAAUUCAGAAGAUUGAUCAACUGAAAGUUGCAUUGGAAUCCUGGCACAAUCCUGUUCGGUACUACGGUAUCAGAAACUCGGACAAUAUCUAUGAUGAUGGCCGUCUAUAUACGUUUGCAAAUAUGGUGUAUUCGAAAACGACUCGAUUCGGUUGUGCAUAUGUAAGAUGUGACAAUGUUGCCUACAUAUCAUGUAUUUACAACCUCAUAGGUGCCUACCCAAACAACGUUCUCUUUGAAAGUGGUACGCAAUGCAAGAGGCAUGAGGAUUGCAAAACAUACUCAGCUUCAACUUGUGAAGAAGCGACGGGUUUGUGUAAAUAUACUGGACCGGUGCCAAUUCCAGGAGGUGGUACAAACACGAUGUGCCGGGGAAACGAUGCAAUGACUGAUGAAGCAAGGAAUUAUGUCCUAGAUGUUCAUAAUUCUAAAAGAAGUCUUCUAGCAAGGGGUGAGAUAACCAACGGCAAGAAUUCCCAUUAUAAACUACCUACUUCUUCGUUUAUGCCAAGAAUGAUCUAUGACUGUACUACUGAGGCAGAAGCGAUAAAAUAUGCGAGGACAUGCUCAUUCACGAAAUCACCCGAAAAUGAGAGAAAAGGCUAUGGAGAAAACGUGUUCACAUUCCCUACUCCAAACACGGACCCAGUACCUGCUUUUGAAGCUGCAACGGAAUGCUGGUGGACGCAAAUAUUUGCCGCUAGGAUUAACGAUGACAUGAAAUUUGUGAGGAAAUUUAAUGAGAAAGCUAUCGAUCAAAGAGGUUUCACUCAGAUGGCCUGGGCAAGAAGUGUGAAACUUGGCUGCGCACUACAGACCUGCUCUCAGUCUUCCUUCGUUGUUUGUCGCUACAGCCCUGCAGGCAAUAUUGUCAAUGAACAAAUAUACGUACCUGGUAGGGUAUGCGAAGGAUGCCUGGCAGCUUGCAUCGACUACGACGGGCUGUGCAAUUUUUCUUAA